CUCACCGCCGAGUAGCCCAGGUUUUGUUCACCAUGUUGGAUCUGCUGAACAUCUCAGUUGCUUUGUGAGACAGUUUCACCAUGUCAGCGGCAGCGGAGCGUCGUGUGCCCGACGUAUAGCGGUUUAACUGGGAGGCUUCCUGGUAUUCCGCUGACAGCAGGGCUCACCGACACCAGCAGGGACGGAGGUACGGCUGUUUUGAUGCGAACACACGUACACCUAUCAGCUAUCUCCAAGCUGUCAGGUUCAUCACUACUGUCUCUUCUCUCUAGCUCCUGGCAGCAGGAGAGCUGAUCCCGCAUUAAAAGGAUUUAACUUUUUUCCCCGCAUUGUUAUUUAUCCUCCGUGGAUCAGUUUGAUGUGAGGGACAGGAGGACACACUCAAACACAGCAAACACACCGCUGUCGAUGGGGGAAAUAAGUUAUGUGUCAGCCGUGUGUAAGGAUUUCUCUGCUCGUGUUCUGAGUCCUUCUUUGAAGCUUCGUCUCCGUCACAGUGAUGGGGGUUUGUUUCCUGGCGCACGGCUCGUUGGAUCGGUGUAAUAAUAUGUGAGUGGAGUGGACGGCCGAGGCCUGGGCCUGCCUGCCUGCCUGCCUGCCUGCCUUGCCUGCCCGCUGCACUGUGGCCUGGGCUGGGAUACACCUCUACUGUACCGGAUUAGCAGUGUUAAUUACGGCCUGGAGAUUAGCUCUGUUUACGGAGGAGCUGCAUGAAGAAGGAUUCACUUUGGAAGAAUAGAUGAGAUUUCCAAACUGUGCCGAGCCCCGGUGGUGGGAAAAGCAACGGCGCUGGACCGGGGCGUGUGGCAAACUUGCACACUAUAAAAAGAUGAAUGCGCUGCUGCCUCCCAUGUGACAGGCUUUUGAUCACACUGUGCUAUCAGGAGGGAGGGGGGCUCCACCUCUAUCAUGAGAGAGAUCUAGGGCUACCGACUUUUUAUUUAUUGAGGGGGGUGUGGGUUAUUUUCGAUUGGGUUUUUUUGAGUUGUCAUUGCUACCGGUGGCACUGCACAGGUUUUUAGACUAGGCUGCUCAUUUGCUAGAGCUACAUGCUCAUGAUAUGCUCUCAGUCAUUAUCCCCGGGCUACAGCAACCUAAUGGUGUGCCAGCCAAAAAAUUAAUUUAGAGCAAGUCGGUCAGAUCCUUUUUGGCAUUAUGAUAAAGAGGCACACCACAGUGGUUUCUCUACCCACAGAUUGGAAGUAGCUGCUGUUGGAUCAUUUAGACCUCAGAUCAGUUUUCUGCAUGUUGUCUCAAAGUUUCAUGAGCCACAGUGUUGCAGCCUGGUAACCAUUAGCAUCACUUUUAGACAAAGGUUCUGACAGGAGGCAUUUUAACAUCAGUGAAUGGCACUUUGCGGAACAGCAGCUACAAAUGUUACAAAAAUGAUGGCUGCUUACAAUGGUGGCUCCUCAGCAGUGGCUGCCCAUCACCCGCACCACCACCACCAGCUCCAGCACCUUCCGCCUCCCCACAUGCACCACCACCACCACCACGCUGGCCAGCAUCACUUGCAGCACCCGGGCUCUGCCGCCGCUGUGCACACAGUCCAGCAACACACUUCCACGGCUGCAGCUGCGGCAGUGAUGCUCAACCCUGGCCAGCAGCAGCCCUACUUCCCCUCUCCUGCCCCCGGACAAGCACCCGGACCGGCGGCGGCUGUGGCUCCUGCCCAGGUUCAAGCUGCCGCUGCCGCUGCUGUCAAGGCCCACCACCACCAACACCAGCAGCCGCCUCAGCAGCAGCAACACCCACACCAACUACAACAGCAGCUGGAUAUAGAACCUGACAGGCCCAUCGGCUAUGGAGCGUUUGGGGUGGUCUGGUCAGUGACAGACCCCAGAGAUGGAAAGCGAGUUGCCCUCAAAAAGAUGCCCAAUGUCUUCCAAAACCUUGUGUCUUGUAAGAGGGUAUUUCGGGAGCUGAAGAUGCUGUGUUUCUUCAAACAUGAAAAUGUUCUCUCUGCUCUGGACAUGCUACAACCUCCACACAUCGACUACUUUGAGGAAAUACAGUGGCUUAAAUACCUUCAUUCUGCUGGUAUUCUACACCGAGACAUUAAGCCGGGCAACCUCCUGGUCAACAGCAACUGUGUGCUCAAGAUUUGUGAUUUUGGCUUGGCCCGAGUGGAGGAAUCAGACGAGUCAAGGCACAUGACUCAGGAAGUCGUGACACAGUACUACCGAGCUCCAGAGAUCCUCAUGGGGAGUCGCCACUACUCCAACUCCAUCGAUAUCUGGUCUGUGGGCUGCAUCUUCGCUGAGCUGCUGGGGAGACGCAUCCUUUUCCAAGCCCAAAGUCCCAUUCAGCAGCUUGACUUAAUCACUGACCUGUUGGGGACUCCCUCUAUGGAGGCGAUGAGGACGGCGUGUGAAGGCGCUCGUGCACACAUUCUCAGAGGACCUCACAAACAGCCAUCCCUUCCUGUUCUCUACACACUGUCCAGCCAAGCAACCCAUGAAGCUGUCCAUCUCCUCUGCAGGAUGCUGGUGUUUGAUCCAUCAAAGAGGAUUUCAGCAAAGGAUGCCCUGGCUCACCCUUACCUGGACGAGGGUCGACUGCGCUACCACACAUGCAUGUGCAAAUGCUGCUACACCACAUCCUCUGGCCGUGUUUACACCAGUGACUUUGAGCCCGUCACUAAUCUCAAGUUUGAUGAUGGCUUUGAGAAGAACCUGAGCUCUGUGAGACAGGUCAAAGAGAUCAUCCAUCAGUUCAUUUUGGAACAGCAGAAGGGGAGUCGAGUGCCACUCUGCAUUAACCCUCAGUCAGCUGCUUUCAAAAGCUUUAUCAGCUCCACAGUGGCUCAGCCCUCUGAAAUGCCUCCAUCUCCGCUAGUGUGGGAAUAGCUGCUGCUGUGUGUCCUCAUCUUUCCCAACUGACAAGCUGCUAAACUGGGAACAAGAAUGCGUCUCAUCGUCUUCUAUCAUCUGUGUAGCAUUUCACUGGAGAGUAGGACUCACAGGUCUGCUGUGUGUAUGGCAACAUAUGAAGCAAACGAAGAGAAAUCCACUGAUAACUGUUUUACAGAGUGUAUUAGAGGGUUUGGUAUGCAAAUAAAUGAGACAAAAGCUCGAUAGACCAAAUCAGAAUGUUUGAAACAAACCCAUCUGCUCACUUCCAGGUAGAUUAGAUUUAACAAGUAUAUAAUGAAGUACAUUUGUUUUGCUAUAUAUUAAUACAAAUAAAAAAAAAGUCUAUUUUAAAAUUUCACCAAUCACAAAUGGAUUCAUUUCCCAUACAAUUAGGCUACUCUGCCUUAUUACACUCACGUUUACCUCUGCACUGGUUAAUUCAGUUCAACUUUACUUCUUAUUCAGACAAUCGAUUGUAAUUGUGUUGAUAGACGCAACAUUUUCUAACUGAAAGCUCCCCAUAUUUUAUAAAAACAUUUUAACUUAUUAAAAAUGAGGCAUGUCUCCUUGUGUGUCACCUUGUGUCCCCCAUUUGGCCAUAGUUUUACUUAUGUAACAGCUCAUUUGCCAAAGAUGAGGAGCCUCAUGUAUAAAUGAUGCAUUAAGAUUGUUUGCAGAUCUGCACAGUUUGGCUGAACAUUUUCUACAUUAUGUUCAGUUUGACAUGUCAGGCCACAUUGUAAAGGUUUAGUGUGUAUGGACAGGGCCGGCUCUAGCUAUUUUGCUGCCCAAGGCGAGAUUAGGAUUUGUUUGUCUUACAAAAAGCAGUGUAGUCGGGGUCACAUUUCAGAUAUCUGUGAGUUGUUAAUAGCUCCACUAAAGAAUGAGUUUCCCCUCUAAACUUCUCACAUGGUUUCAUUUCAGUACAUGUUCAAAUGAUCCAAUAUCUCACCAAAAAUCAAAUAUUAGAGAAAAAGUCCAAAAAUGAAAACAGAAUUGUUUAUCAGAACCUUGUUUUUUCUUCUUCCCUCUCCCGUCUCAGUACCUCUCAGGUUUAUUUGAUGUCCCUAUAUAUAAAACUGCAUAUAAAGUAGUUCAAACUAGCUCCACCUCCAGCAGCUACAACAAUAACAAGCUGCUUACACACUGAUGCUUCAGCAU